CAAAACGUCAGAGCUGUCAGUAUUUGACAAUUUUUGAGACACGUCGAGUCAGAUGUUUCAAAAAAUUUUGGAAAUCGGGAAAAGGAUUCAAGAAUCAAGAAGAGUUACACAUAUGCAUUACCAAUUUAAUAAGAAACAAUGACGUCUACAUUCACUGGUUUCAGUGAAGAAGAUUUGAAACGGAUAAAAUCCAGCGAAGUAGAACCAAGUAAUGGACUCUCCAGUCAAAUAAACUCAUCAACAGUAAAGAAGGUGGACAAACUUGGUGGGAAACCAAAGAGACCAACUAAUUCCUACAAAUUGCCAAUACUUCAGCUUCAAAAUCAGAGUUCGGAUGAAGCUAUUGAUACAAUCAACUUCGAAAAAUGCAAACUAAGCAUCAAAACGCCUACUUCUUCUGGACAUGACACUUUAGGUAACAUUGAUAGCGAUGGAAAUGAUACUGAAACUGAGACAAAUACUAACGAAGCUGACGUUGAGGAAGAUGUACCUAAUUUGAAUUUAAAUAAUAAUGAAAUCGAGCGACCGUCUAAUGAAGUGGCCGAAAUGGAUUCGAGUACUGAUCUUAGGAAAUGUAGUACAACCAGCACACCAGAUAUUGUACGAGGAGUUAGUAACUAUUCAGAAGAGGAAUUGGCAGCCCACAAAGUGAAGUUAGGAGAGCUGCAACUGAAACAGAAGUUGAUGGAAGAACAGAACAAGAAGAGGAAAGAGAUGCUUGCUAAAGCACUGGCAGAUAGGACUAAACAGACAGAAGAAGAGGUGAUGAAAUUGGAGAAAAUCAAGAAGGAAUUGCAAGUACUGGACGGACAGUUCUCCCUGGACGUAGCUGUGCUGAGGAAGAAGAUUGAUCAGGCCUGUCUAAGUUAUGCUGAUGCAGAAAAACACUACCUCAAAGUUGAAAAAGAAUUUCUCCAAGCAAAAAUCAACCUUCAAAAGGAAAGAGAGAAGAAAGAGUUGCUCACAGAACAUCUAUGCGCGUUAAUAACCCACAACGAAACUAGGAAAGCCCAGAAACUAGAAACGCUAAUGUUGGAAUUGGCCACUGAUAAAAAACGAGAAAUAGAAGUUGUGAACAAGUCACUUGAUGAUGAGGAACCAAUCAUCAUCGAUGGGGUUGAUCAAAGGACAGGCAAAAUGGUUGAGCUGCCCAUAGAAAGUUAAAAGGUAUCUAUUUACUUCAAGUAAUUUAGUGUACUCAUAGAUUUGUUCUCAAUUAUGUGAUUGUGGACUUGAUGUUAAUUUAUACAACGAAUUUCCUAAAUCCAAAAAUGGUGCGACCCAAGGUCAGUUUUGAGAUUUGUAGCAAUCGAAUGUGCCUUAAUUCUCUCUUAAUUUUAACUCU